AGUGCAACUGGUGAUGUUAAAGCGUAAAGAAGUCUUGUUUUAGAUCGCGCGUUGAAUGGAAGCUGCUGUUGAAUUAAUUAACAUGUUUGUAGCUAUUUACGAGUGGAUUUUUUAACAUUCAACAGUAGAUAAUCGAACGAUAGUUUCUUUGAAAACAACAUAAAGUAAUAAUACUUUAGUGCAAUUCUAUAAAGCGUGAUAAAAAAUUGAAUUUAUUUUCACCUAAUAGAAAAUAAGAAAAGCUUUAAGGAGUAUUAAUAAACUUUAUGAUAAUUAAGUGAAAAUUAGAAUCUUUUUCAAUUCUAUUCCACUGUCUUCUCGCUUAAAUAAAAGACAAAAUUGGCAAUUAUAAGAAAUAUUUAUAUUCAAGGAUAUUCAGAAGAAAUAUUAAGGCAUCUGCUAUUGCAAUCAUUUAACGUACAAUAAAUCACAAUGAGGAAAAUAUUUAUGCUGCUUGCUUUUGCGCUUAUGAUCGAGAGUGGAUUGAACCUGUCACUGGAUCCAGAUGCAUCCACUGAUUUGGAGCAAUACAUUCGAGACGACUUCACAAUCUCACUGAGGCACAUCAGACCACGACGAAAGGCAAAGAUAUCAAUUGAAGCACUUUUCAUGAUCGAUUUUCCAUCUGCUAAAAAUAAAUUCACAUUUUAUUUAGACCGGAAAGCUAAGCGUGUGACCAUCGAUAUAAAUUCAAACUCACAAAUCUUUUCCAAACAUUUAAACGCUCCUUCAUUGAAUGAAACAAUAACAAUUCGGUCUCUUGCUGUGUCGUUUUCUGAAAAUAAAAUUGCAUUAUUCAUUGACUGUAAGAACGUCUACAAGGAUGAAAUGGAAUUCAAUCUUUCUAAACUUUAUCUCAACAUGGAUGAACCCGAUGUUAAACUUUUACGCGAAAGAAAAUAUCCAUUAUUUAUAGACAGAAACAUUGAGAGUGCUUUAAGUCGCACCAACUGUCAGAAAACAUCUAAGCAAAAGGGAUAUCGGAAAAUGAUGAAAGACAGUGAAAGUCAUGGUUACUACAAUGAUCAAGAUGUGAAUCGUAAGAGGGGACGAAGAGAGCAUCGUUAUAAUAAUCGAUACGGUCACAGCCAAAAUCAACUUAUUAAUCCCUCCUAUCGAGGCGACAUAUCGGUUGUUAGUGGAGAUUGCGAUGAAAACUUGUUGGCUAAAAUGAAUGAUCUAAUAGCGCUCGUUAAGAAACUUGAAAAAGACAUUGCGAAUCAACAUGGGGAUGUAAGGCGCCUACAAUCACUCAUCGAAAAUUGUGCUGGUUGCUAAAAUUUUGAUCUAGUUUUCAUUGAAACUAUUCACUUCAGUUACAUUGUACAUACAUUUAAGUAUUAUUCACAUUUUUCUCAAUUGAAAUGAUUUUGUUUGUAAAUUGUUGUUGAAACAUGUAAUUUUUCUUUUUCCAAAUUUUUGUAACUUUUCUUUUUUAAAAAAUAUCAUCAAACUGAGUGAGAAAUAUCAAAUAAUAAAUUUUUUUAUAACAUCAUUAAAUAAUAAACUUUAAAUUGAAAUAAACAAUAAAAAUAUUUUCUUUUAU